AUGAGACAGCAACAGUCUCUAGUCCAUCAAGAAACUACCAAGAGCCCAUCAUCGGGGGGAGUUAACAUCACUGACUUCACAACAGGACCAACAACAACAGACAGUUCUUCAUCAACUGACAGUACAACGAGAGAAGACAACACUCACACAACCUCUUCUAUUCCUGCCGAUAAAACAACUGAAGCCAGAACCAGAGACAAGACAACAGCAAAUGGAAACAAUGUCACAACUGCCGGAGUAACAACUACAGAUAAGCCUGCAACUGAACCUACAACUGAAGACAGUUCUUCAUCAACUGACAAUACAACGAGCGAAGACAACACUCACACAACCUCUUCUAUUCCUGCCGAUAAAACAACUGAAGCCACAACCAGAGACAAGACAACAGCAAAUGGAAACAACGUCACAACUGCCGGAGCAACAACUACAGAUAAGCCUGCAACAACAACUGAAGGGGCAACAACUACAGAAAGUUCUUUAAUAACUGGAAUUACAACUAGCGAAGACAACACUCGCACAAACUCUUCUGCACCUGCUGUGACUUCUGAAGGGACAACAACUACAGACAGUACAACUAGAGACGACAACACUCGCACAACCUCUUCUACAACUGCCAAUAAAAUAACUGCAGGGACAACAGCUACAGUAGCUGUGACUUCUGAAGGACUGUGUGUUGGAGAGGAGUGUCUCUGCCCUGUGAAUCUGUAUGGACAAAAGUGCCAGUUUAUUCAGAAUGAAAUCAAAACAGAGAAGGUUAUCAUUAAAUUGGGGGUCAGCGUCCGUGUGACGAACCACGAGUUCGAUCUAGAACUGAGCAACAAUUUAUCAGAGGCCUAUCGAUCAUUUGAGAAGAGCUUCAAUCAACAGAUGGAAGACUUGUACCGGAACAUUUCAAACUACAAAGGAAUAAGGAUCAGCUCCAUCAAGAAUGGGAGUGUCAUAGUGGAACACAACAUCCUCGUAGAAGUCAAUUUCGUAACCAGGACGCAGGAAUACGAGGACGCCUGUACAUUUAUCCGCGCCACUUUAAGUGCAACAACCUGCACGGAAAACAAUGGCAUGUGCUUUAGUGCCAAAGACACCGAUGUAUGUCGGCAAGGGAUCAAUGUACCAGGGCUCUGCUCAGAGGUCGGCUCCAUCCCCAAAGAAAUGCAACAAUAUUUCUAUGGCCUAGAAAGAGGCAAGGCCUUGCUGUGUGUGACCCCCUGUAGCACAUUGAGCCCCCAGCCUGUGCAAUGCAUCAUGGGACAGUGCUUAGUCAGUGAGAGUGGCCCCAGCUGCUACUGUGACACAUCGGGUCGGUUCUGGUACACAGGGGAUCGGUGCCAGACGGUUAUCAAUAAGGCGGGUGUUUAUGGAGGAGUGGCGGUGGGACUGGCGGUGCUGCUCAUAGUGAUUGUGGCUUUGUCCAUCUCCCUACACAAACAACACAAAUCCAUUCUCCUCUAUAAGCGGAGAAGCUCCGGCAGCUACGACUUUGGUUGGGAGAAACACAGAAAGCAGAGUGCCCUGGGCAAGAACCCAGACUUCAUGGACAGCAUGUGGGGUCCUGCAGGAACAUUCCAGGCUAAUAAAGGGACGAGUCAUGUCAGAUUAAAGUAGACGCGGGUUGCCAGGAAUUAAGGGGCCCCUUGUUCACAGGCGAGUGCAGCCUGGAAGAGAGUCCAACGUCCACUAAGUCUCCCAAUCUAUUGGUCUAAUAUCCUGGCAUGAAAGAUACUGGAUAUACUUGUACAGCACAUUUCUUUCUUUCUGCUGAAUUGUACUUAAUACAGGGAUCUACUUAUGCUGUCAUAGUUUUAUGGGAUC